AUGAUCAGCAAGGCGAACCCAUCAGCUCCUCGGACAUUGAUGCAGUUGAGGAAGCGAAAACAAGCAGCUUUAGCUACGACCUGGAUCAUGCUGUUGGACUGGUCCGGGGUGGUUACGGAACUAUCUAUGUUAGUGUUUCAUAAAGUCCAGAGAACGCAUCGGGGAACAGGAGCAAUAGAAGAUGUCGCUGUGAAGGCGGUACGGAUUGACGCCCAAAGCAAAAAGCCUCAACCCGAUCCACGGGAAAUACGGGCCUUACUAUUUAUAAAAGAUCAUCCCCAUGAGAAUAUUAUCAGAUAUUUCGAAAAGUUCGACAGUAGUAACGAACACAAAUUCGGAGGUGUUCCGCAUACGUGUUUCGUCUUUGAACUGUUCCGGCGAGACCUUCACGACGAAAUCAAGCUGAUCAGCCCCGAAAAGCUAUGGCCUGAACAACGAAUUGCGUCCAUCGCUGCACAGAUCCUAAAAGGUCUGGAAUUCCUACAUGAAAACAAUUACGUUCAUCGAGAUAUCAAACCAGACAACAUCAUGGUUGAUGACACGUACAACAUCAAAAUCACCGACUUCGGGCUGACAGCCGAAAUGCCUAACGAAAAAACCAUCAUGGACAUGGAAGGUUACUGUUCUGACGUCUGGGCGACUGGGCAAAAGACCCUGGGAAGCCUCCCUAGUCCCUCCCAACCUCUCCGCACCAGCAAAACAAAAACUUAA